AUGGCGGCCUCCAUGUGCGACGUGUUCUCCUUCUGCGUGGGCGUGGCGGGCGGCGCCCGGGGCUCCGUGGAAGUCCGUUUUGUGAACAGUGCCAAGGGAAAGGGACUGUUUGCCACACAGCUGAUCCGGAAGGGACAGACCAUCUUCGUUGAAAGACCCCUGGUGGCUUCGCAGUUUCUCUGGAAUGCACUUUAUCGGUACCGGGCCUGUGACCACUGUCUUCGGGCACUGGAGAAGGCAGAGGAGAAUGCCCAGAGGCUGACUGGAAAACCAGGCCAGGUUCUACCACACCCAGAGCUAUGCAGUGUGCGUAAGGACCUCCACCAGAACUGUCCCCAUUGUCAGGUGAUGUACUGCAGUGCAGAAUGUCGGCUGGCAGCUGCGGAGCAAUACCACCAGGUCCUGUGCCCAGGCCCAUCCCAGGAUGACCCCAGGCACCCCCUCAAUAAACUGCAGGAGGCGUGGAGGAGUGUUCACUAUCCUCCUGAGACUGCAAGUAUAAUGCUGAUGGCCCGGAUGGUGGCCACAGUGAAACAGGCCAAGGACAAGGACCACUGGGUCAGGCUCUUCUCCCAGUUCUGCAGCAAAACAGCCAAUGAGGAGGAGGAAAUUGUCCACAAACUCCUGGGGGACAAAUUCAAGGGCCAGCUGGAACUUCUGCGUAGGCUCUUCACAGAGGCCCUUUAUGAGGAGACUCUCAGCCAGUGGUUUACACCAGAUGGAUUCCGAUCUCUCUUUGCCCUUGUUGGGACCAAUGGUCAAGGGAUUGGAACCAGCUCCCUCAGCCAGUGGGUACAUGCCUGUGAUGCACUGGAGCUGUCGCCUCAGGACCGGGAACAGCUAGACACCUUCAUUGACCAGUUGUACAAGGACAUUGAGGCAGCCACCGGCGAGUUCCUUAACUGUGAAGGAUCUGGUCUCUUCAUGCUUCAAAGCUGCUGCAACCACAGUUGUGUCCCCAAUGCAGAGACCUCCUUCCCAGAAAACAACUUCCUUUUACAUGUUACCGCCCUGGAGGAUAUUAAGCCAGGCGAGGAAAUCUGUAUCAGCUACUUAGACUGCUGUCAGCGGGAGCGCAGCCGCCACAGCCGCCACAAGAUCCUCAGGGAGAACUACCUGUUCAUCUGUUCCUGUCCCAAAUGCCUGGCAGAGGCUGACGACCCCAAUGUGACCUCAGAAGAGGAAGAAGAGGAAGAUGAGGAAGGAGAGCCUGAAGAUGCAGAGCUAGGGGAUGAGAUGACUGAUGUGUGAUGUUACCCUGCCUGGAGGGGCCCUGCCCAGACCCUGCUGGAAAAGGGGGCCUAUCCUCCACAAAUGUGGUUGGAAGGUACAUCCCCUCCCCCUUGCACCCAUUGCCUGCUCUCUCCCUUCUAGCAGUCUGCUGGAGGGUAGGAUAGAGGCUGGACCCAAGCCCCAUCCCACACCAGAACUCAUGCCCUGAGCACUGCUGCUGAGCUGCAUUGGCUCUGUGCCAUCACCACGCCUUCCAGAACUGGCCUUCUUCCCCUGCCAUGCUCCAAUGUAUCUGUGAGAUUGGAACCAGCCUCCAGGCCUUAUAGUGUUCUUCCUCUGGUCCACACUCAUCCAUCCACCAGAGGCUUGGCUCCUAUUGACUGGCCGUUAAUUUGUGCGAGGCAACAAAAUGGUCAGUCUGAGAGCAGACUGAUUUCCUUGACAAGAAGAGGUAAUGUGCAGUGCCUUACCUCUCCCUACUGCUUACCUACUACAGCUGCAGCUGACGUAAUGGCCUGCCACUUGCCAGCAAGAGGCAGGGACACUUCAAAAGACUCUCUGCUCGGGGUGCUGAUCUGUUUGCAUUGGACGAUGGGGAGGUGGAGAAUAACCUAGUCUCCAAACACCAGAAUUGCUGUGCCUGUGUCUUGCCUCUUACGCUCAAGCAGGGGGCCAGCUCCAUAAGGUGUGAAGAAGUCUGUUUUCAUCAGGAUGGAGACUACCUCCCUUUCUCAGGCUAGCAGUAUGGCAGAUGACAAGCUGUGCUCCAUAAUUUAGAAUGCUCAGUCUUCCCUGGGACCAGCUGCAGUGGCCCGGCAAAGGGUCUCUGGAUCUCGGACAUCCUCCGUUAGGAUCUCCAUAGAGGAACACCAGUCUUCCAGAAAUCUGAAGGAGCUGGGCAGGACACUUGGAGAUGAGCUGUGACUUUGGCCACAGAUGACCAUCUCACUCUUGGGUUGGGCACUGUGGGAAUUACAUUUACCACUCCCCUUUCCUUUCCUGAGAUGCCUGUACAUGGCCCUGCUCGAAGCUCCCAGGGAGGACCAGUGCCCAUGCUACAGGCUCUUUCCAAGGUGGAGCUAGUGGAACGUGCCUGAAUGGCCCCCUUACCUGUUGGGUACACUCUUUCACAACAGCCAGCACCCCCUCCCUCUGGUCUGCCCACUGGUCUCAAUAAAGUGUGAGUGGUGAUA